AUGAUACAUGCAAAAGAAAAUAAUUGGAAAAAAGGGAGUAAACGAAAAAGACAUUUUAAAGAAGAUGAUGAUAAAAGCAGGAACUCCCAUAUAUGUAAUGAUAAAAACGAAGAAGGGAAUAAUACGAAAGAAUCUACAAAUUCUUUGAAUAAAUUUAUCUAUGAAGGUAGUGUAAAAAUAAAGAAUAAGAAGAAUCAUAUAUUUUAUAACAAGGCUCAAGUAUUUAAUCGUGAUAUGAGUAUUGUAUUAAUAAAAGCUUUGGAAAUAUUUAUGAAAGAAAAAAAUAAGAAUAAUGAAAAGAUAAUAUUUCGUGGAUUUAAUAUUAUUGAAUUGUUAAGUGCUAGUGGUAUGAGAAGUAUAAGAUAUGCGAAAGAAUUAGAAGAUACUAUAAAUCAUAUAACAACAAAUGAUAUAGAUAAAUAUGCAUGUAAACAAAUUAAAAGAAAUUUUAUAAGAAAUAAUAUAAAGAAAGAAAAAUAUACUAUAUUAUGUAAUGAUGCUAAUAGUGUUAUGAAUAUAUUAAAUGUUGAUAAUAUGUAUAUUAAAAAAAGGAAUAAUAAAAAAUUAGAUAUUGGAUUUACAUAUAUUAAUAAUAUAAAUAAUUGUAUUGAUUAUUUUAAAGAAGCUUUUAAAUUUCUUAAUUUUUUAACAAACUAUAAUAGAAGAAAACAUAAUCCAUUAGAAAAUGUUAUAGAGCAUGAUAGUGAUUCAACUACAUUUUUAUCAAACGAUGAUGAAAUCAUAACAACAAAAAUUGAUAAUAGUGGUGAGGAUGAAACAUAUAUUUAUGAAGAAAAAUAUGAUAAAAAUAAUAUACAUUGUAACGAACAACAUAAUAGAAAUGUUGAAGAUGAAAACAAAUGUUUAGAUGAUAUCAAGAAAAAAGAUAUAAUUAAAAAAAGUAAAUUAAUCGAAAGAUAUAUGUUUGAUAUUAUAGAUAUAGAUCCUUAUGGAUCUUCUAUUGAAUAUCUUGAAAGUUGUUUAAAAUAUGGAAGAAGUAAUUUCUUUAUUUUAAUAACAAAUACUGAUAUGAGAAUAUUAAAUGGGAAAUUUCCAGAUGUAUCUUUUUAUAAAUAUAAUAGUAUGAUAUUUAGUAAUAAAGUAAAUUAUAAUAAUGAAUUUAGUAUAAGAGUAUUAUUUUAUAAAAUUAAAAUUAUAGCAUCCAAAUAUAAAAAAUGUAUUAUACCCUUUAUAUCUAUUAAUAUCGAUUUUUAUAUACGUUUACUAGUUCAUGUUAUUGACGAUGCAUUACAAACAAAAGAUGUAUGUAUAGAUACAGGAAUGGUUUAUCAAUGUAAUAAUUGUUCUAGUUUUCAUAUUAAUCCCAUGGCAUAUAAAAAGGAUGUAAACCACCUUUCAUGUAUUACGGAAAAUCAUCAUACCAAGAAGAGGAGGAAAAUGAAGAAGAACAAAAUGGAUCUUCUUGAAAAUGCCGCUAAUGAAAUAAAUGGGGAUAUUAAAAAGGAUGAAAAUAAUGAUGAUGAUAAUAUUAAGGAUGAAAAUAAUGAUGAUAAUAACAAUAAUGAUGAUAAUAACAAUAAUGAUGAUAAUAUUAAGGAUGAAAAUAAUGAUGAUAAUAACAAUAAUGAUGAUCGAAAUAAUCAUAAUAAUAUUCACAAAUCAGAUGAUCAAAACCAUAAUGAAGCAGGGGGAGAUGCUAACCAAAAUUGCAAAAAUGCAUUUACUUCAUACAAAUAUAAAAGCACCAAAUUAAACAUCUCAAAAAUAUGUGAAGAAUGUGGAGGAGAUAUAUUAAUUGGUGGUCCCAUAUAUAUUGGUAAAUUACAUAAUGAAGAUUUUCUACAUACAUGUAUUUCUUUAUUAGAAAAUCUGGAACAAUAUAAUUUAAAUACAAUAAAAACUAGAGAAAGAAUAUUAAUUAAUUUUAGAUGUUUAAAACAAGAAAUUAAUAUCCCAUUAUAUUAUAAUUUACCAUCAUUAUUUAGAAAUUUUAAAAUCUGUUCCUUCUCAAGAAAAUUAUUAGUAAAUGCCUUAUUAAAUUUAAAUUAUGAAGUUUCGUAUUUUCAUAAAGAUCCAGAUAGCGUUAAAACCAAUGCUCCAAAUAAUGUUUUUAUGGAUAUUUUUAGAGCUAUCAUUUUUAAAAUUAAUUCCAAAAAAAAAAAUUCCAAUCAACUACAAAAUAAUAAAACAGACCAAAAUAAUCUUACAAACAAUGAAAAUCAAAAUAACGAUAAUUCCAGUGUACAGACUAAAAAGAUAUAUUCCAUAGAUACUAUAAAAGAUGAAAAACUUAAAGAAAAAUUAUUGUCUUACCAAUUCUUUAAGAAAAAUACAUCUUUCGAAAAUAUCAACAUUUCAAAUUUUAAAAAAGAAACAAAUACACACAAAUUAUUUACUUUGGAAAACCCCGAACCUUUCUGGGGUCCCAUGAGAAAGCAUUAUGAAAAAAAUUGA